AUGGAGGCUUUGAAAGGUCAGACAGCUCUUAUCACUGGCGGUUCCAUGGGAAUUGGCGAGGCCAUUGCUGUUGCUUUGGCGGAGCAUGGUGUAAAUCUUGCUCUCAUAUCUCGAAGCAAAGACAAGCUUGAGAAAGUACGAGAGAAGAUCGCCUCAAAAUUUCCGAAUGUCAAAGUUGGCAUAUAUGCCGUGGAUAUCCAGAAUCAACCAGACGUUGAGAAAGCCGUCAAAUCAGCGAUAUCCGAGAUUGGCCAAAUCGACAUACUCAUCAACAAUGCUGGACUCGCUCUUGGUGCUCCUGCACGGUUCUGGGAAAUCCCCGUUGAUCAGGUUGCUCAAAUGUCCGGCACUAACAUCAACGGCGUCAUGUUCACCACCCACGCUGUGAUGAACCACUCAAUGUGGGAGAGGAAGAAAGGAACCAUCAUCAACAUCUCCUCUGUCACAGGCCUGGAAUGCCCGCCCUUCAAUGGCGAAGCAGUCUACCACGCCUCAAAAGCGUUCCUCGAGGGGUUCAGUAACAGUCUGCGGAUGGAAACAGCCGGUUCCGACAUCAAGGUGCUUGUGUUACGUCCAGGCGUCGUCGAAACCCAUUUCCAUCUUCAACGAGUUCAGUAUGACCAGGCUGCUAUGGAUGAGUUCACACAAGGUUAUGAGCCGCUCAUCGCCGAGGAUCUUGCCCAGUCGGUGUUGUAUAUGCUGAGCUUGCCUCCACGGAUUUCUAUCAAGGCUAUGGAUUGUGUUCCUACGGCCCAAAGGGCGUUAACUAACUUCGAUCGCGAAUGGAACUCUCGUCGAUAA